AAGGGGAGUGGAGGCUGGAAUUCUACGUAUACAUGUUUGUGAAGUUUAGAGUCUGUGGUGCCUUUCUAGUCAAUGGGAUUUUUGAUCUUUCUACAAAUAUGGAAAGCCAUCUUUGUUCAUCAUGCUGCCUUGGCUGUUUGACCAUGUGAGUCAUCGCUUGGAUUUUUAUUUUUGCCGCUUGCAAAAGAAAAAUGAAACUUCCCAACAAUGGUGGAAUAAACGUUUCCUGUUUCUGGAAGAUGGCUUUCAGCCUCUCCUUAAUAUUUGGUGUGCCUCGCUCUCAAGCUGCAAGUUGCUCUGUUGGCUAUAUUAAUCUAACCCUUGACAGUGAGAAGUGGGCCAUAUCAGUAGCACAAAAUCCAGCUUCCUUUGAGGAGGACCUCCCUUCAAAGAAGAUGAUAGGGCUGUUGGUGAAGUUAAAGAUGCCCACAGAAGCUAAAGGUGCCUACAUCAUGGGAGCUAAGUUCAGUACACCACCGGACACUGAGUCCUGGAUAGCCUUCGUUGCAAGAGGAGGUGAUGCUUCUGAAAGGAGAAGAAAGGCACCGGUAGGAGAAGGUGCCACAGGUGUUGUUAUUUAUGACCAUUCGCAUCCAGACAGAGAGAUUCUCAUUUUGACUUGCGACGACGCCUGCGAUAUUGCCACCAUCAUGAUUAGCAGCCUGAAAGGAAACCCAAUUUUGCAGUUGAUUAAGGAUGGUAUCCAGGUCACUGCUGUAAUCGAAGUGGGAGCUAUGCAGUGCUUCUACAAGAUCUACCUGUGUUUGUUCUUCCUCCUUUUGGCAUUUGUUGGCUGCGCAGCAUUGUGCUGUACUCCGGGGCAGACUGGGGCAAGACAAGAAGAGAGGAGUGUCAGGGCAGCAAAGGCGGAACUCCGCAAAGCUGUAGAUUUGCUCGAGCUGCGCAAGUUGAAAAGGAACGAAACGGAUCUCGCAGGAGAGACCUGUGUGGUGUGCUUGGAGACAUACAAGCCGAGAGAGGUAGUGCGUAUUUUAACCUGCCGGCACGUCUUCCACAAAAGGUGCAUUGAUCGCUGGUUGCUAAAGCGUGGCAUUUGCCCUAUUUGCAACCAUGCUGUUAUCCAAAGGAACUGAGAGGGACGAAA